AAAAAAAAAAAAAGUUGAACUUGCAAAAGAGAUCUACUUUACUUAUAACCCCAUGUCUCGUUUAGAAUUGAUCACCCCCGAAGGUUUACGUGUUGAUGGUCGUCGAGCCAAUGAAUUAAGAAAAAUUACAGCAAAGACCUCAGUUUUCAGUCAAGCUGAUGGAUCUGCGUAUAUCGAGCAAGGUAAUACCAAGUGUCUUGCUGCUGUUUAUGGUCCCAGAGAGGUUCGUCAUCGUAUGCAAGCUUUAGCCGAUCGUGCACUUAUCAAUGUCGAGUUUAAUGUUGCUCCUUUCAGUUCCAGCGAACGUAAAAAAAGAUCAAAGAACGACAAACGAUCACUUGAGGUUGCAGCUUUUAUUCGUCAAACGUUUGAACCUGUUAUUUUGACAUCUCAAUUUCCCAAGACACAAAUUGAUAUUUACCUUCAGAUUUUUCAAAAUGAUGGAGGAUUACUGCAAAGUUGUAUUAAUGCUGCCACCAUGGCUUUAGUUGACGCUGGUAUUCCCAUGUUGGAUUACGUGUGUGCUUGUUCUGCUGGUUGUAUUGAUAAAGAGCCUGUUUUGGAUUUAAAUAAUUUGGAAGAGUCUGCAGAUACACCCGAGUUGACAGUUGCGAUAUUACCAAGAACCGGAAAAGUCACUUUAUUAGAGAUGGAAUCUAGACUUCACGUUGAGAAACUUGCUAGUGUUACAGAGUUAGCAACGGAAGGUUGUAUGCAAAUUCACAAGGUGUUGGAUUCAGUUAUUAGACAGAACACAGAGCAUCUUAUGUCAAGAUUAAACGCAUAAACAACAACAACAAAAAACGUCAUUAAAGUUUUACAAUAUUAUUAUUAUUAUUUAAGU